AUGCGCGUCCCCACCACGAUUCCAGCACUAUCCGAAGACUCGCUUCCAGCCACAGCUGUCCGGCUGUUCACGGAGCUGGAACUGACCCAUCUGUCGCAAGACAUCACGCUCUCGUCCUGGACCCCACCUACAAGCCAGACCAACCGCUCUCUCGACGAUGAACCCAAUCCUCUCCGUCGAGCUGUCAGAUCGGCACUACAGUCCCUGCCGCCGGACGCCCUCACGUCCGCCAACCACCCCACCGACAUCGACAGCCUAGUCUCCAGCUUCCCAGACUCCUACUCCGUCUACAAGCCGCUGCUCCUGCUGCCCAGCAUCUCGCUCAACCCCCCCUGGACGCACCUCAUCAACUCGCACGCCCACACUCUCGAACAAGUAUGGACCCACGUAGCCGCGGCGCUGGACUGCACCCACAUAGCGCUCAACUCGCCCAUCCCAGCGUCGAACGCAGCCUCGGCCGCGCACAGCAGCGACGCAGCGAACGAGCUGCGGUCGCCCGUGAACCUCGCGCCGCUGCACGGCUCGUUCGGCCCGCGCCCCACGCCGCAGACCCUGCGUGCUCCCACGCCCCGGGACUUUGACGACGCACUGUGGGUUGGUGUGGUGCAGAACGGGAUCAGACAGACCUGGGCGCCGCUGUACACCAUGUUCAGCCGGGGCAACGUCAAGGAAAAAGCGCGGAUCCUUCGUCUCGCCUCCGCAGAGCUGACAAGUUCUGAGCCUCGCACUUUGGAGGGUGGAGGAGCCACAGCGGUAGACAUGUACGCCGGCAUCGGCUACUUCUCCUUCAGCUACCGCCGCGCAGGGAUGCGGCUCCUCUGCUUCGAGCUGAAUCCGUGGAGCGUCGAGGGCUUGCGCAGGGGGUGUGCGCUGAACCGCUGGCGCGCACGCGUCUUCACUGCGGAUCAGGUGCCGGCUCACGAUGCGCCGACGAGCGAGUGGGACGCCUGGCGCGACGGUGUCGAAGGAGUCGAUGGUGUCGGAAGCACCGCAGCCACGGAACCCUCCCUCCUCAUCUUCGCCAUGAGCAACACCCACGCCCCCUCCAUCCUAUCCAAUCUACGUCGCCACAUAUCUCCAAUCCGGCACGUCAAUCUAGGGCUGCUCCCAGUAUCGCGGCCGAGCUGGCGCAGCGCCGUGGGCUUAAUCGACGCCACGCGCGGGGGCUGGGUGCACGCGCACGAGAACGUCGGAGUGCUGGAGGUGGACGCGCGCACGGCCGAGGUCGAGGCGGCGUUCCAGAGGCUUUUAAACGACCGCCCCGGCGCCGCAGGGGAGGCGGGGGUGGUGCGCGUGCAGCAUGUUGAGAGAGUCAAGAUGUAUGCGCCAGGGGUUGUGCAUGUCGUGUUCGAUGUGUACAUACCCGGGAUACAGGAAAGCAGCCGAAGCGUAGUCGACAGGACAUUAGUGCAAGUGCAGAGGAACACGCCUAGUUAA